AUGCAAUCUCUCCUUCCUGGUCGUUCCGGACAAUCAUGCCUUUCCUCCUGCAUAUUCCGUGCGGAGGCAUCGCUUCCGGCGGAGAAAGAGCGGAUAUAUAAAUUGCCGGCGAGCAGGGCGGCAGCGGAUGCCCGUGGCGGCACGGGGCCGACGGAUCUGGUGCAGAGAGAGUAUAGAAGGCGCGCUGGAAAGUUUAGGGCCGAUCGCGAUGCCAUUUAUAUCGAGGGGUUUUUGGGGGGAAAAGCCCUGCCCGGUGGGAAAGUAGCUGAUAACAAAGGGGAAUGGAAAUGGAAAAAGGUGGCGAUUGAGUGGAGGCCAGGUUAUAGGUAA